GCCGCAGCUCUCUCUCUCUCACACACACACACACACACACACACACAGCCGAGCUCUCGCGCAGCCGCUCGGUCUGUCGGUCGCGGAGCGCUGUCCACGCGGCGGCGAGAGGAGACGGCAGGUGUCACACUCGCUUCUGAUAAGCCCUGCGCACAGCUUCCUCCUUAAAAACAGCUAAUCGAUCCAUUCGGAUGAUACAGGCAGACAAGACGCGCGCGCGCUUUGCCCCAAAAGCGCAUUAAUUGCAGACGGAUUUGUAUCGCAUUUGUUUGCCGGUCUGAAGUUUACCCCCCUCUACCGUGUUCUUGACCCUGACCCCGUGACACCAUAGGCUGACAGGACGUCGUGGUCGAGGAGGUCAACAUGAGUCAGGAGGGGCAGGAUGACCCCCUCCACACACCUGCAGAAACACCUGAGGGACAAGAAGAACAUUUGGAGAACUGUAAUGGGACAGAGACUGAGACAGAGGAGCCUGAUGAUGGAGACACUGAGAAUAACAGAAACACAGAAGAGGAGGAGGAGGAGGAGGAGGAGAAGGUGACGUUAGAUCAGGAUGAUGGGAGAAAUGGUGAGAUUGAGAGCAGCUGUUUAGAUCCUGGAACAGAAAACGGCGACAUCUGUGAAGGUGGAGACACACAGCGCGCAGAAAAGGACUCAAGUGUGACUAUAUGUUCUCUUAGGUUUGAGAACGGGACCGAAGAUGACAGUGAGGAACAGGAUGAUGAGGAGGUGAUACCUCAUGAGGGAAACCUAGACGCCUUCAGCUCUACCUUUGAGCUGUCCGUCGAAGAAGCGGAUGCUGAGGUAGAGGACGAAGAAAGGGAGGAGACAGAGACUCGAAAUCAGGACAGUUUCAGCUCUACUUUUGAGAGCAUUGUCGAGCGGGUUGCCAAGGCCACGGUUGUGGAGGAGGAGGAAGAGGAGGAGGAGGGAGAGGAAGAGUUCGACAGGACGAAAGAGAGCCAGGAUGGAUUCAGCUCCACGUUCGAGCGUAUAGUUGAGUCCGAGCUUUUACGAGGCGGGACUUGCUACAGCAGUCUGGAUUCCCUGGACGUCCUGUCGCUUACAGACGAGACGGACAGCUGUGUCAGCUUCGAGGCGCCGCUCACCCCGCUCAUCCAGCAGAGGGCUCUGAUGGGCCCCGAACCUCCAGAACUGGAGCUGGAGACCGUGCAGGAGGGGGCCGAGGGUGAGGGCGAGUUUGGGACUGAGACGGCUAGGGAUGAAGCCAGCUCUGCAAGUCCACUGCGGACAACUAUACCAGGAAGCAGAUCGGAAAAUGUGUUGAGCCAGCCGGCACAAUGGAGCAUCCCUAAUGGAUUCCACAUAGAGCUGCCUGGGAAUGGACAGAGUGCAGGAAUGAUGCCAAACUCCAUCAGUGAUGCCAACCUCACAGAUGUGCUGUGCGACUCAGACUCUGAGCUGGGCAGCGUGGACACUCUGGAGAGAGGAAGCACAGAUACUCUCGCCAACGGCUGCCGCGUGGAUGCAGACGCUGCCAAAAGACUGGCCAAGAGACUCUUCUACCUGGAGGGCUUCAAGCGCUGUGACGUGGCACGACACCUGGGCAAGAAUAAUGAAUUCAGCCAGUUGGUGGCGUCAGAGUACCUGAGCUUUUUUGACUUCACGGGAUUGUCGUUAGACAGAGCGCUCAGGAACUUCCUGAAGGCGUUUCCUCUGAUGGGAGAGACGCAGGAGAGAGAGCGUGUGCUUGUGCAUUUCUCCAAACGCUUCUGCCACUGCAACCCAGAGACUCUCACCUCAGAGGAUGGUGCUCACACACUGACCUGCGCACUUAUGCUUCUCAACACAGACCUGCACGGACAUAAUAUCGGGAAGAAGAUGUCUUGCCAGCAGUUCAUUAGCAAUCUAGACGGUCUUGACGACGGCAAAGAUUUUCCCAAAGAAUUGCUCAAGGUGCUCUAUAACUCAAUAAAGAACGAGAAGCUGGAGUGGGCGAUUGAGGAAGAGGAGUUGAGGAAGAGCCUCUCAGAGCUGGUGGAGGAGCAGUGCGAGGCGGGAGGGAAGAGGGUUGUCAGGGUAACGGACGGCAGUAACCCUUUCAUCGGCAUCCCGCUUUUACUCAAUGCCACCACGUACAAACACGGGGUUCUGACGCGCAAGAGCCAUGCAGAUAUGGAUGGCAAACGCACCCCAAGAGGACGCAGAGGCUGGAAGAAGUUUUACGCCGUGCUGAAGGGGAUGAUUCUCUACCUGCAGAAAGAUGAGUAUAAGCCUGAUAAGGAUCUGUCAGAGGUGGACCUGAAGAAUGCAGUACGAGUUCAUCACGCUCUCGCUACUAGAGCCUGUGACUACAGCAAAAGACAAAACGUCCUCAAACUGAAGACCUCUGACUGGAGGGUCUUCCUCCUGCAGGCACCGAGUGAAGAGGAGAUGAUGUCAUGGAUUUUCAGGAUUAAUCUAGUCGCUGCUCUCUUUUCGGCUCCUGCUUUUCCCGCUGCCAUCGGCUCCAUGAAGAAAUUCUGCAGGCCACUGCUGCCUUCAUCCACCACUAGACUCAACCAGGAGGAGCAGCUGAAGUCUCAUGAGAAUAAACUGAAGCAGGUCAGCGUGGAGCUGGAGGAGCACAAGAGAAGCCCACCAGAGCUGACCCCCAAGAGCAAAGAGUCUGAAGAGUAUCGAAUCAAAGAGCACUAUUUAACUUAUGAGAAAUGCCGCUAUGAGACGUACAUCAGCCUCCUGCAGGCCAAGAUCCGCGCUGGAAGUGACGACUUGGACAAGAUCGAGGCCAGUCUGUUCAGCGGUGAAGCGAAAGAAGGACACCUGCGCAAAACUCAGUCCAGCCCGUCGAUCAGUCAAGGUCAGGGGGUCAACGGACGGGCCGCUCAUAAACACAUCCCAGAACAUAACAGCUGAAGGGCUUUCACUGAGCUCACCUCAAAACGUAGCAUUAUGACGUCCUUAUUAUUUCCAUGUACAGUAAAUUUAUGAUGACAGUAAUAUGUAUUAUUAGUAUUAUUACUACAGGAGUAAACUUUGUUAAUAAUGCAAUGAACAUUAUUAUGUGCCAAAUAUGAAACAACGAGGAGACCAAGACUGUAUAAGUGGGAGGAAGUAAUAACAAUGCGCUUAAUGUCACGAGAAAGUGGACUGCGGCAUCCUAAAUGUAUUGCACUGUGAGAUGCAAACACAUUGUGAUGUCAUUUUGAAUGAUUUGACACACAAACUUUAGUUCAAUUAAAGAGACAAUGGGAGAAAAAAUCAAUAGUACGCACCCUCAUAUUGGUUCAAACCUGUAUGAUUUUCUGUCUGAAUAACGUUGGGGUCUGAUUUAUAUUAAACUCCAUUUACUUUCAUUGAAUGGGCAGAAGAAAAAAACAUUUUCCAAAACAUUUUCUUUUGUGUCUUGUUGAAAAAUCAAAGAGGUUUGGAUAAUAUGAUGGUGUGGCUGAAUAUUUUGGUCUCUUUAAUGAAAAGGGCGGAAAGACAAGAAUUUAAAGGUGAAACAAGUCUUUUUGCAGAGGUAAAGUCUGUUAAAUAUGAAGAGACGUCAGUAAAAAUAAAGCAUCAAAAGCCCAACCAAUAGCACUGAUUUUAGGUGGGCCUGUCGUUUUGAUUGACCAAUGGCAGACGUUGGGGUGUUUCAAAAAUGGAAUAGUUGCACAGAAAAGGCACUUCACCUUUAAACGAUUACUGACAAGUGUUAGGCAUAAUAUGGAAGGCCAUUGGGGCCAAAAUUUGAUCAUGUCAACAUGUCAAUAAGUGAUCACUGUAUUUGGAUUAUAUUAUCAUAAUAUAAUAAUUUAGUAUUAUAUAUGCAGAACUAUAGUAGUUGCGAGUGUCAAAAUGGUGAAAAAAAAAUGCAUGUACAGUAGCCCCUCAUUAAUCACGAGUUACAUUCUAAUUAUAGCCCGCAAUAGGCGAAAUCCGCAAAGUAGUCUGCUUUAUUUUUUACAAUUAUUAUAGAUGUUUUAGAUUAAUUAUUAUAGAGGCUGUAAAACCCCUCCCUACACUACACUUUUCUAUCUUGUGUAAACAUUCGCGUAACUUCUACCUUAUUUUGGCAUGUCCAAAAGUCUAACUUUUUGUGCAAUUGUUAGCAUCUUCCUCUGACUUUUAAGUGCUACUUUAGGUGCCUUUGUCGGUGCACAAUGUUUUGUUGACAUUGUGUGGUUUGUUGGGGAGAAUACUUGCAGACAUACCUUACAGCAUUUCAGAGUCACACUGCUUGUGAUAGAAGAUUCUUGUCAAUUUGGCAAGCUGAACGCACUCUGUACUGUACAGGAGACACGGCACGGAGGAGAUUGAUUGACAAUAGUCUACAGCCAAUCAGGACGCAAAACACAAUGCACUAAUCAGGACGCUGCAGAAAAAAGCAUGUCAAACUGCAUGAAAAAAAUCCGUGAAACUGCGAGGCCACAAAAGGUGAACCGCGUCAUAAUGAGGGACCACUGUAUACAAGUGCUAAAGAACAUGACAUGAUCAAAUUUCACUCAUUUUCUUUAAAGCAGGGUGUCCAAAGUUGUUCACACAGUGUGUCCAAAAUCAUGUACUGUGUAAGCAGGUACCACAUUUGAACUUACUUCAUGACUGUUAAAAUAGCAUAUUUUAAUAUAGUAUGAAUAUGAGUGGUAUGAAUGGUAUCUGGACAUGCUACAUCUGCCAUGUUGUCAUGAUCACAUGACCUCAGUUGCAUUGUUUCAAUGCCAGUUAGAAAUGCUCUUCCAUGGCCCCAGUAAAAUGUUCAUCGAAUAUGCAUUCAAGGAUCAGAACUAGUAGUUCAUUAUGGUACUGCACGCCUACUGUUUUUGAAUGCUUUGAAUUUGGACAUACUGCUCGACUUACAUACUAUCCAUACUAUAUAGUAGGAAAGUAACUCUUUAUGAGUCAUUUGCAUGACAAUGUCAACCAAAAACUUGAAUAUUUAUAUUAUUAUUUAUUAAUAAAAGUUUUCCCUGUUCAAUUACAUAACAAAUGCAAUAAUCUGAAAAUAGGUUACAAAAGUGGACGUUUUUAAAAAUGCUGCCACAUCUUUACUACUUUACAGGUACUGCUUAAUCACAAAGUCCCAGCUUUAAAUUCUGACCUGACAUAUGUAAGAAAGAGUUUUUGGCAAUUUUUUUUGUGGAUGUGUGAAUGCAUAUUUCUUAGAAAACUAAAAAAAAAAAAAAAAAUUCAACGUAAAGGAAAAAUAUUUCAAUUUUUGACAACCACAUUGUCAUGUAAAUGUAGCCUAAAUGUACCUUAAACAUACCUGAAACAGCUAAUGAAGUUGGUUGAGCUGAAAUUGGCAAGCCAUUUGACAUCCAGAAGCAGUAUUGGAUCACCCUUGUUUUAAAAACUUUUGGCACCGAUGGCCUUCCAUAUCUUUGUGGCAUCACAAUGUGUGCGGGUAAUGAUUGACAGGUCUGGUUUAGAUGUAGCAUUUGAUGUACUUGUGAGAUGUUCACAGUAUCAUGAAGUUUAAGGGCUGGGGCGCAUGUAAAGAUUCACGUUGGCGGCCUGUAGUGUCCUACAAAUACCCCUUUGUAAUUAUUUAUUAUGUUAUAUUUAUUAAUUGUACAUUCAUUUUCUGCUUUUCGGAGCCAAUAUAGCAGGAAGAUGCUUGUAACCCCACUUGAUUAGUUUACCCUACGUUAUUGUUAACCGAGGAGAUGAUGGUUGCAAUUAGAUGGACGUUGGGAAAUGCAUCGUCUUAACGCGGGACAGGGUAUGGGACAUUGUAACAAGGAAGUUUGAGUAUGCAAAACAGUUACGAAGAGGAAAAAACGUUUGGGACUGAAAGCGACACCCUCAUUUUCUCUAUUCAAUGGACCACAAAGCCUCUAUGUGUCUCUAUGUGCCUGCAGAAAAUUCAACCUGGACUGAAUAUUGAGCAGCAGGACUGCAAACAACCCACCACGAACCUCCGGGCCUCUUCAUCUCAACCACUGUAGCCAAGCGAAAACGUCUCAAUCCUGGAAAAAAAAAACAUGUCACUUUUCAAGAAGAGAAUUGUUUGAGCCACCAAACAGGAGCCUGACACUUAAACGGUACAAACUUUUGAGCAAGUGCAAGUAGAUUUUUUUAUAGUCCUGUUGUAAAGCAUGAGGACAUUGAAAAGUGAGAGCUUUUGGCUCGUUUUAUGCUUUAUGGAUGUGGAAUGACGUAAAAAAACAAACAAAAAAAGCUGCAAUUUUAUACGUUCUUAGUAAUGGCUUUCUUAAAGGGACCUCUAUAGCCUACUUUUCGCUUUGGCUGUUGUGCUAACAUGAUUUUCCCGUUUAGGGUAGAACUGAGACGCUGUUGUAAUAAAAGAUUGUGAUGAUUAUUUCACCAUC